GCGGGCUUUGUUCCGCACCUUCAUCGUCAUCCUCACAAUCUCAGAUCUAGCACACUCCGAACGUCCAUGAACUACUUCAAAAUCAAUUCCACAGCCAUUUGAAACAGGGUUGGUUUAAUCCUGAUACCUGAAAACUAUUGUGUAAAAGGAUAACGGAUAUCGUAUACUGCAAUGAGCAACGCCAGACCAGAAGCUCAACAAUCGCAGUAUGGCCGUCGACGGUCGAACACGACCCAGUCAAUGUUUCGGUCAACGCCAAACGUACCACUCGUGUAUGGGGAUAAUACUGUCUUGAACUCUUGGGUACAUGACGUUAAGGAUUCGCCCAAUGUGAUUCUGAACCAUGCGUACUGGCCUGGUGUUAGGGAAGGAGAUAUACUCAGUAUUUCUGCCGGAGAAGGUCGCGCAUUCUUAUUCAUUGUUCCGAAGGAUGAAGGAUGUCCAAAACCUCAACUACAGAUAUCAGUUCCAAAAACUAUUGCUGAAACGUUUGGGGUCAGGAACAACAGCGAAGUCACAGUCUCCAAGGUCGACCAAACCGAACAUCGCGCUGAAUAUGUCGAGCUCUCGUUUCAGGACCAGUAUCUCGGGCGUAACGACAUGUGGCGAUUAGACAAGCAUCUCGUGAAUCAAUGUGUCUACGUUGGUCAGGAGAUCUCUUUCAUCAACGCCAUCAUGACCAAGAUCCAUGGAAUCUAUGUCAGAGGAAAGCAGGUGCUUGCUGCACUGAUAACUCCUCUCACAAAGUUCAUCUACCGCUCCCUCUCGGCGAAGGCGACAAUCUUUAUCCAGGUGUGCCGCGAACUUUGGGAAUUUGCCGGCGAUGGGGAACGAUUCUACGAGAAAAUUGUACAUUCGUUCCUUCCGGCUCUAUUUGCCAAAUGGAAAGAAGCCGGAACGAACCACACUGUGGUCAUCGUUCUCAUUUCACGAGUGUUUUACGAUCAAUCCGAGGUUGAUUAUGCCGCUGGCCCGCUGAGGCGCGACGAGAUGGGGAGAUGGUACAAGGAUUUCUAUAAGGUUAUUACCGACCUUGAAGUCAUUUAUGAGUGGAAACCGACACUCGUCAGCCUGAAAAACUCAUUUUGGGACUUUCAGAGGGACAUUCUUCUCACACAUCACUUCCAUCGAGCUGCCAUGGAGUCAACUCAGGGCGCUGCGGCAGACCAUGUUCGUCUUGUCGGACAGUUGUCGUAUGCCCACGAUGGACCUAUCCUUGAAGCUCUCAACCUCAAUCUCUAUCCAUCCGAGACGCAUUAUAUCGAUCGUUCCCUUGGUUUGACUGGAGUCUCCACGAUUUUGAUAACUCCUGGAACGGGGUUUUUCCGUGUAUCGAAACAGCUCCUUCGGCUGACGACAACACGACUUUUGGACCAAGGAUUUAUACUUCAAGUAAUAUCAUUGGCGCGAGCUCCACUGCACCAAACACCGAUUUUCAGCUUCGAGAGCAACAUCCCCGAUGGCAAGCUCAAUAAAGAUGGACCCUAUGGUUCUAGGGUUAUGGAUCCGUUAUGGGGCUGCGAUGAGAGCAGGAAGAACUCGAAACCAACGACAAUUUGGUGGGAGCCGUUUUGGGUGGAGAUGUCAUUCUGGGACGAGCAAAUGGACUUGCCUUUUCGUCAAGACAGAUUCACACCUCGUGCAAAGAUGUAUGAGAUUCAAAUGCUUGGCUUGCUCGAUCAAGAUGUUCUGCCCAGUAUUGAGGUCCCUUUCUUGCCAACGUCUCUGUCGGGGUUUGAUCCUGCGGCUCCCUACCAGACCCCACCCCUCGAAUCUGAUGUGCUCCCUUCCAAGGCAGAAGCAGACCAGUUCGACUUGGAUACACUUUCUUUGCAGCCCAUGCAACCCGAGAAAUUUGUGCCCCGGCCCCCAAGUCGUAACUCCGUCGUGUCUUCCAGUUCCUUAUCAUCAUCUCUCCGAACCGCUACUGCAGAAAAACGAACGCAUCGUAAUUCCAUUAUUACCCAAAAGAUCGAACGAAUCGAAGAGAGUCCGCCAAUUGUCAUCAAGGAUCUGCCCGAUGAUGAAGGCAGUGGACUUCCUUCCGUAUCCGUCAAAGGCUUGAGCUCCUCGCCUUCGAAUUCACAAGGUUCGAUUCGUUCCGCGAGGUCGAAUCGGUCUGGAACUUCUCAGGUGGCAGCGGUCGCUACGAAUACUAAGGGGCGAUCCCCAUCUCGAACCACGUUGGCUUCGAAGCUUACGACGAGCUGGCUGUUCAAGCCGUUCAUGAGUGCUCCAAGCGAGCCGCAGACAUCCGCCGUCUCCGCGUCUGUUUCGAUCAGCAGCUUAUCCCCUUCUCCUUCCAUCAUCUCCCCAAAGUCUCGGACCACGACUCUUCAGGGCAGCCCCAGAUCAACGCAGCCCUUGACCAUCAAGAAUUCGACGGUGGCUCCUUCGGUGUUGACCAAGACCUUUGAGGAAGAGUCAUUUUUAACCCCAGUUGUGCAUGUUAAUACCGGAUCGCGAACCGCUCAGUUACGCCGCUCCUCACCUGUCAAUACCCCGCCACGAGGGGGGGACUUUGACUCGUUGAAACGCAGAAGUGGCAAUUUCCCUGUCGGUUUUGCGUUUUCACCUUCCUCAGCGUCUCCUACAUACAUCCGAGCGAACCCUACCCGCCCGCAACCACUUCUUACCAAUACCACGAGACACGAACGCUCAGGAGGACUUCCCUCACGCUGGGAACAUAUGUACCCAGUAUUACCGUCUUUACACGAGAUCAAAUGGGAUGCGCUUGUAACGCCGCCAUGCUUGCCACUUACAGUCGAAUAUUUCCCCAAACCGAAGGAACUGGAAAGGGAAUAUGACGUGUUUUCGUAUGAGUUCGUCGUUGACCCGACCGAAAUGAAGAAAUCCUUCUCUCUCAAUCCACCCGUGGAGGUCAAAGGGAUGAGUCCAGAUGCCAUCAAGAAGGCAUGGGCACUGGUGGUGAUGAAGCAGAUGUCUGCUGUUCGGUUGGCUCAGGGCUUUCAGUUCGUCAUUCGGCCUGCCAACCCCGUCAAUGGAGAGGCUGAGGAUAAAGGCCGAUCUCCAUUCCAUCGAACGUCGUCUUUCAUGACGGCAGAGGACGAUGUUACGCUCACGCCCCUCUCUAAAGGCGCAGCCGAGGUUUUGACCUCUACUGGUAUACCAGUAUAUCUGAGCAUGAGUAAUGAAAUUCAUCGGAUUUCGUACACUGGAGAGACGAUACAGGUGAGGAGGUAUGUGAGGAGAAUGCCUCCUACCCAGCCAUUCGAGUAUCAGUGUUUGAUUUGGCCGAAGUUGGGGGUUGGGUAUACGCAACAGAAGAUUACGUUCAAUUCGCAUGGUUUAGAAAACUAUGGGUGGAAUAGAUUGGAUAUGUUAGUUGCUGGUUAUGAACAUCAGUUCAAUGAAUCAUUGCGGUACUGGAGAACACGAUUUAUUGUGAUUCCAACGACAGAAGCCCCUACUGUGACCGUUGGCCCUUCUGGAGAACGCUUAAACGACGAGGAAGCUCGACUGGUCGGUAUCGAAAAGCUAGCGGAACAGUUCACCAAACUUCGUUGGCAGCCCCCACAAGAACGAUCCAACCCAUCCCAAGCCGUUCGGUUCCUUCCAACUACACUCACACCAGUGGAUUCUUUAUUAGAUGAAAAUCUGAUGGAACAGUUGGAUCUUAUCCAUGCAGCUGGUCCGUUGAGGAAGAAGAUGAAGAGCGAGAGAGAGAUAGGAAAUAUGACGCUGAUGGCUAUCGCGAAAGCCAUGCGGGAAGAAGAUGGUGUUCCGAUUAAGACGCACCAAUGGCAUCGUACUCAGUUCUCUGAUUCGUUCACUGGGUAUGAUUUCGUGUCGUGGUUGGUAAGAGAAUUUCGGGACGUUUCUUCCAGAACACAGGCAGUGGAGUGGGGGACUAAACUGCAGCAGCAAGGGUUGUUUGAGCAUGCGCGAGGAUACCAUGGGUUUCUAGAUGGGCAUUACUUCUAUCGCCUUAAAGGCGAGUAUGGAGUGGUGUCAACGCCAAGAAGAUGGUUCAGAACCCGACCAAGCGAAGAUGUGGUGACACGUUCAGGGUUCUAUCCUGGAAAUGCGAUGCGAGUGCUUAGUGCUAGCCCGCGAAAGAUGAAAAAGCGAAUCAUUCUGAGCCAAACCAUGGUCAUUGAUAUCGAUCCAAACAAACGGAGUGACCAAGCCGAGACUGUUCUUCUCCAUCACGAUAUCAUUCACAAUCCGGGUACUGUCUUCCAUUUCGAGCUUCAGUGGAUUGGGACGACGGCUCGAUUUAUCGAGGAUCAGCUACGUCAGUGGAAUAAAGCGAUCGAAAAGUAUGGAUUGAAGCUUGUGGAGGCUUAUGUUGGACAGAUCAGUGAUGUGAGAGAUGGAAAUCCGUUCCAGUCGUGUUUCCCUGUACGACUAGCGAUUCAACCUCCUAUCGUUCCUGAUCUUCAUCGACGCGUUCCGGAGGGUACACAGACUGCACGGUACUUUGAAUACGCUCUGCUGCGUCGGUUUGGGUUCAUUGUUGACGUCGAAGCAGCGGAUUUGUAUCCGGAGAACGUCGACGUCGUGUACUCGUACAGACGGGUACCCUUUAAAUACUCUCAAUUCGUUCAUCGGACUGGGGUUGCUUUCGUGCAGGUCUUGGGGGGGAUAAAUGGUUUUUUGGUUUUGACGAAUCGGUUGAUUGGGCCUGGACGGAUGGGGACAACGUUGUUGAAUAAGAAUUACCGACCUGCUACUGAGGCGGAGAGUAUCCGGAUUGAGUUGCAUAGGUUUUGUUCAAAUCAGCAGGCGUUGGUGGAGUUUUAUGAUGCCACGCUUGCGGAGUUGGGGAGUUCGCCUGAGGAGCCUCCUCCGCUUAGCAUUUAGAUGUUGUUAUGACAAUGAUUCGUUGGCGUCCGAUACAUACCAUACCAUGCAC